GAUAUGCGAAAUUAAAAUGCUUAGAAAAGUCUCAAUUGAGUACGUUGGCGCUCCCUGUGAAAUCAGAUCUUGGGAAGAGCUGGGCGCAAACUGUUAGUUGACACAUCGUAACGGAUUGAAUAUUUCGAGAUAUUACUACAAGAGUACAAAAAAGAUUCAUAUUGCGAAGCUAACACUUUCCUGAGAGUCGAGUUCGACUUUCAUUUCCGUUCAAGGUUCAGUUUACAACAAGAAUAGCAAUGGCAACCAAAGAUUCAUCAGGUUACACGCGUCAACAAGACGGGAAGUCCAAACAGUUUAAGGACUGGGCAUGCAGUAGGUGUGGUAAAAUAACAAUCUGCGUCAUAGUAGCAUUGUGUAUAAUAGGUCUCGUAGUUGGGCUGGUCUGUUAUUUCGUACUUCGUCGCGAUAAAUCAUUCGGCGGACCCUAUAAAAGAGAAGCCGUUGCCACGGAUACAAAGCAGUGUUCUGACAUAGGAGAAGACAUCCUAAAGGCAAACGGCUCUGCGGUGGAUGCUGCCAUCGCCGCCAUGUUCUGUUUGGGUGUGGUCAGCAUGCACUCAUCAGGGAUAGGAGGUGGGGGAGUGAUGUUAGUGUACAAUCAAACAUUAAAGCAAGCCACAGUCAUCGAUUUCAGAGAAACUGCCCCAGCUACAGCCUACUGGGAUAUGUUCAAGGGCAAAGAGGAAGAAGCCAAGAAAGGUGGUCGGUCCAUCGCUGUUCCCGGCGAGGUGCGCGGUCAGUUCGAGGCUUGGAAACGACAUGGUCGGUUAACAUGGAAACGCCUUGUUCAACCCGCCAUCGAUUUGGCCAAAAAUGGGUUUAAAGCAUCUAAAGCACUGGAUGAUGCGCUAAAAAAGACCAAAGGAAUCGAGGAAGAUAUUAAAAAUGACCCUGGUUUAAGUGAACUGCUCCUGGUUGAUAAUAAAAGGCUUGUUAAGAAAGGAGACGUUAUUAAGAAUGAAAAGUACGCAACGACCCUGGAAAGAGUGCGUGACGAUCCAGAAUCUUUUUACAAUGGAGCACUUGCCAGAGACAUUAUCAGUGAUUUGAAGGAAAUCAAUGGGAUGGUGACUGACAGUGAUUUAAGAGAUUACAGGCCGAUCCCGAGAGAGCCGUAUCAGAGAGAACUCUCGGGCAUGAAAAUGUACCUGACCCCACCCCCGACAAGUGGCGCCGUGCUUGGGCUCAUCUUGAACAUUUUGCGAGGGUACAAUAUGACGUCGUCAGCCUUUAAAGACAAGAAAUCCUCUGUGCUUACGUAUCACCGGAUAAUUGAAGCCUUUAAGUUCAGUUAUGCAUGGCGUAGUCUGCUUGGAGAUCCGGAUUUCCAUUCAGACAUCAUGUGGAGAGCAUCACAGAUGUUGGAGCCAAAAACAGGCAAUCGCCUACGUAACAAAAUAUGGGAUGACAAGACCCACAAAGAUGUAAGCUAUUACGCGGACUUCUUUUCGAACGCUGAUUACGGUACUACCCACGUGGCUGUUCUGGCCUCAGAUGGAGACGCAGUUUCCGUGACAUCUACUAUCAACAUGAGGUUCGGUGCUAAGUACCGAUCCACUACCACAGGCAUCAUUUACAACAAUGAGAUGGCAGAUUUUGAUAUUCCUGAUUACGAAGUAGUGGGUGAUAUUUCUCCUUCACCAUUCAAUUGGCCUCGGCCAGGCAAGCGACCGUUCUCUUCCAUGUGUCCUACCAUUUUAACUGAUAACGACGGAAAAGUUCAGCUUGUUAUUGGUGCUUCUGGCGGAAAAAUUAUAACCACAGCUGUAUCACUGGUCUUAAUGAACAAACUCUGGUUUGGAGAUGACUUGUCUAAGGCGGUAAACAAACCUCGAUUGCACUCACAAAUGGUGCCUGAUCAGAGAGUAUUUUAUGAAAACAAUAAGGACUAUCGCAUCGACAAGUACGUAAUAGAAGGCUUAGCACAACGAGGUCACAACAUCACUGGCAGUGAUUUGUUUGCUGUGGUGCAGGCGAUUUCCAGGGAACCUGGAGGAAUAUACGCCAAGUCUGACCCAAGAAAGCAUGGUGUACCCGCAGGUCAAUAGAAGCGCGGGUCAACGGAAGUGCGGUCCCCUUAAGCGAUGCUUAAGGGGAAUGCAAUUGGCGCAAUUAACUGGAUAACUGAACUAUUUUAGAAUGGAUAAGUCUUAGCAAAAUAAACUUCGUAUUGUUUCGAAUAUUGAUAGCCAUAUCGAGAUAAUUUUUAGACUCCACCAGUGUCUCUGCAUAACACAGUGAUGCAAGGAAGCAUUUCUUUUAACAAUAUCACUGCUUGUAGCUGGUGGGUAAAAACUCAGUAACUUCUGAAGGCAAAUAUAGUAUUUCUUGUUCCUCUCUGUAAGGGCGGUUACCUACAUACUUCAUUCUGCCAACCGCAUACUGCAAAACACACCAUGGAAAGCAGUACACUGAGUGAGGUUUGAUUACAGAAUAGUUCAUCUUGAAAUCAAACAAUAUAAUACAGGAGCAAAAAGACUCUUUAAGAUUCACACGUUCCAUGCAAUUUUUGAAAAGUCCGCCCAGAAGAGAGUCAAUCGAGAGCAUCUCAAAGAAUCAUCACACUCGCACACCUGUUUCCAAGUUUCCAAUAAACUCAUAUCAUUUCCACUAAUAUUGGCCUAAACUGGCUAUCGGCAGGAGCCCAUUACUCGCUGCUAUCGGGAAAUGUUAACCUUUUUACCUUGUACUCGAAGAGGGGUUUAUAAUCCCUUAGUGCAGCUUCGUUAACAGUGCGCGUUGGAGAAGACUACAAAUCUUAGGUUUCCUAAGGGAGCAGUUGUUAUUUAUCGUCUGGCGGGG